UUUGUAUAAAAUUGCCCGCAAAUUCAUAAUUUGUAUCAUUCACUUCGUGUAAUCACAGUGACAAAGAACAACCAAAUUUCCAAAAAAUGGCAUUCAAGUUUGUAUUCGCACUCGCCUUCGUUGCCGUGGCCAGCGCUGGCUAUGUACCAGUUGCCCCAGUAUACCACUCCGCACCAGCCGUCUCUGUGCACGCAGCGCCAGUGGCCGUCGCUCAAAAGGUCGUUGUGAAAUCGGAGGAAUACGAUCCUCAUCCUCAGUACAAAUACUCUUAUGGCGUUGAUGACAAACUCACCGGUGAUUCCAAGAGCCAAGUGGAGGAACGUGAUGGUGAUGUGGUCCGCGGUGAAUACUCUCUGAUCGAUGCUGAUGGUUACAAACGCACUGUCCAAUACUCUGCUGAUCCCAUCAAUGGUUUCAACGCCGUUGUCAACCGUGAACCUCUUGUAAAAGCUGUUGCCGUUGCUCCAGUUGCUCACUAUGCUGCCCCAGCAGUCGUCAAGACCGUUGCUCCAGUCGCCCACUACGCCGCUCCAGUUGCUCACUACUCUGCCCCUGCUGUAGUCAAGACUGUCGCUCCCGUAGCUCACUACUCCGCUCCAGUUGCUCACUAUUCCGCCCCAGCUGUGGUCAAGACUGUUGCCCCAGUUGCUCACUAUGCUGCCCCAGUGGCUCACUACGCCGCUCCAGCUGCCCAUUACGCAUCCUAUGCCGCUCCCACAGUCAAAUAUCAUCAUUAAAACCUAUGAAGUCUUUAUGCAAUUACCCGGUACUGAUUAAAAUCAGUAAUUGUGAAACGAAUUGUGCUUGUUAAAUUAUACUUACGGGGUAUUCUUAUUUAUUAUCG